AUGCUGGGCUUUGAAGUCGUAAAGGCCUUGCGUGACCGCGGCGUUGUUGUCAGCGGAACGCUGGCCUUUCUGAUCUGCUUCGUGGCUCAGCGCGCGAAGCUGCGCAGUUAUGACGCGGCCAUCGUUGGCAUCCGCACACCAGACGAUACGCACUUCACACGCUCCUUUUUUGGGGACUUUUUUCACGUCGCCAAACUCGCGUUGCCUACGGUGUGGUGCAGGGAGUUUCUUGGCAGCGUUGUGUUCGUGGCGCUUUUUUUGGUGAAGUCCGUCCUGCACGUCGCGCAAUCCGACGCCAAUGGGCAGCUGCUGCAGGCUAUCAUCGGCGACACCGCGGGGGACCGGGUGCAAAACUUCUCUCGUGCGCUUCUCCUGCGUGCGGCGGUGUCGAUGCUAUCCGCGGUUUGUAGCGGUUCCAUUGAACACCUGCGACCGUGGCUUAUCGCCUGCUUCCGUGGGCGCCUCAGUCGCUAUUUUCAGCGCCGUUUCUACAGCCGCCUGAUAUACUACCAGGCGAGUGUCCUGGAUACACGGCUCGAAGCGGCCGACACGGCGAUUGCGACCUACUCCGCCGAGUUUGCCGAGCAUUUUGCCGAGCUGCCGUACUACUUUCUCCUUCCUUUGUUCGAGUGCACAGCCUCGAUGGUGGCGCUAACACGUAAAGUUGGCGGAAAAGCGGCAAUGGUGACGUCAUUUGUUGUCGCGAUUUCCGUUUUGGUUCUGCAGCAAAUCUCACCCGCGUUUGGGCGCAUCCACGCCUCCUUGCUCUCCAGGGAGGACGACUACCACCGCAUGUUGACAACCAGCCUGAAUAAUGUGGAGUCUAUUGCGCUGCACAACGGUGGCCGCUACAUCCGGCUGCAGCUCGAGAAACAACUUGGCAAACUGGAGCACGCACUUGACCACUUCGCCCUCGCGAAGGGGCACUUUGAGGUGUUGGAGAUCUCCUUCUCGGAUUUCCUGCAGGCCAUUUCCAGCAUUGUCAUCUUCCGUGGCUUACAGGGGAAGAAAAAGAAAAAGAUGAGUGACGUCUACGUGGAGAUGCAGUACAUGCAGGAUUUGAUUGAAAGUGUGAAGAGUUUUGUGGUGAAUUUCCGUGAGAUUUCGCACUUGUCAACCUUCACGACGAAAUUGGCGGACUUUGACACAACCCUGACGAGCAUUGCACAGGGAUGCUUUGUUCGUUCCGUCUCCACCCCCGCCACCACCGCCACACCGGGAAGUGGCUCCGGCUCCCUUACACCUGUUGAUUACACGAGCAUCGAUUAUGCUGACCGCCCGGCGGGAGUGAAGGAGUUCACGCUCUUCUCCUUUAACCAUGUAAAGCUUGCGACACCGGGGGGACAGCACCUCUUUGAUGACCUCGACCUUGAAAUGCGGAGCGACCAGGAUUGGGUUCUUGUGGGAGAGAAUGGCUGUGGCAAGACCUCCCUGCUUCGUAUGAUUUCAGGGCUUUGGCCACCCUCUGCGGGAAAGUACACGAUGGAGCGAAGUGUGAGGCUGCUCUUUGCCCCACAGCACAGUUACGUGGUGCCACAGUGUACCUUGCUUGAGCAGGUGCUUUUUCCAACCGUCGAUACCAAGCUGAGUGCAAAGGUGGUGGAGGCUUUUAAGGAGGCGCUUCGGCUUUCCGGAGCACGCUCCGUGAUUGAGAUCCUCGGCGGCUUUGAAAGCCCCUACGUUGGUGUGGAUCCCAAAACAGCCGAUGACACGUACGAUUGGGACUCCCUCAGCGGUGGGCAAAAGCAGCGUAUCAGCAUGGCACGCGUGUUCUAUCAGGUCUUGACGAUGGAUCGCAGCCUGGAAACCCCGGUGGCGCUCCUGGACGAAUCCACCUCCAUGAUGGACGACACAGAGCAGGAGGUGCUUCUCAACCUUCGCAGACUCAGCAUCCGCAUGAUCUCCGUGACCCACCGCGAGGAAGUGAUUAUGCACCACACCCACGAACUGCGAAUGCAACCGGGGGGACGUUGGACAGUAACGCCUCUCACACGUGUGGCUCUUGACAAGAAUUCGUGA